GGUUACGCAACCAAACGCAGCACCGCACCGCACAAGCAGGCGCAGGCGUGGUAGAGGCCAAAACCCUCCAAACAAACUCGCGGUCCGCACCGUCGCCCCGAGAACACCAUUAAGGACGGACGCGAGAGCGAAGGCCGAAAGCGAAACGCCCAAACCCCAGGAGGUCCCAUCGGAUCCUCCAAACCCUAACCCUAGCGCUCCCGACUCGCCGCGGGGAGAUGGCGAUGGACGCGGAGCGGCGGCAGGCGGAGCUGAUCGCGCAGUUCUCCGCUCAGGCGGCGGCGCUGUCGUCCGCGCCGCAGCUCGCCGCGCUGGUGCUUGAGGCCACCUCCCACCCGGCCCUCUUCGCCUUCUCCGAGCUCCUCACCCUCCCGGCCCUCUCCAAGCUCGCUGGCACGCAGUACGCGUCGUCACUGGACUUGCUCCGGCUCUUCGCCUACGGCACCUUGAAGGACUACAAGAGUAAUUCUGGAUCCCUUCCAGCAUUGUUGCCUGACCAGGUCCGGAAGCUAAAGCAACUCAGUGUGCUAACUCUGGCAGAGUCAACUAAGAUACUACCGUAUGAUCAGCUCAUGCAAGAGUUGGACGUUUCCAACGUAAGAGAACUCGAAGAUUUCCUAAUCAAUGAGUGCAUGUACUCGGGUAUCGUUAGAGGCAAACUGGAUCAGCUGAGAAGGUGCUUUGAGGUACAAUUUGCAGCUGGAAGAGAUCUUACACCUGAUCAGCUAAACAACAUGAUAGAGACCUUGUCUGACUGGUUGGGAACAUCAGAUAGCCUGUUGCAUCAAAUUCAGGAGAAAAUCAAGUGGGCUGAUACAAUGAGUGAGGUGAACAAGAAGCACCAGAAAGAAUUUGAAGACAGAGUGGAAGAGGCCAAAAAAUCAAUCAAGAAGUUGAACAAUUUAAGCAGGCAGACAUCGACUUACGGGGGCAUGACGACUUUCUCUCUGAAUCUGGAGGAAUAAUGGAUUUUGAAGAGGACCGCGUCCGACCAAAAAGGAGGCGACAACCACCGGCGUAGUUUCAAUUAAGCUCUUACCAAUUUCUCCCAGAAUGGGAGCUGCUGAUACCUUGAUUGAGACAUUUUGACGCCAGAGUUGAGGAAACUUUGUACAUCUGUCAUGCCAUGCCUCCAUUGUAGCGAGUCUGUUAUUUUGCCUUCUGGUCAAACUGCUCGUUUGUGUCUUUGGUAGGGAUGUACAAGGUCAAACAUAAACGUUAUGUUGCAUUUAUUUGGCAGUAAAUGGCCCAUGGCAGAGAUAGCGCUGUUAUGAUUGUGGCACUGGUUUAUUCUCAAGUUACAUUUUGUGUGUUGAGGUGCUCGCAGGUUCGUUUCCAUGGGCACUGCAGGUGCCCAAUUGGCGAUUGAUGUGACGUGAAUCUUCAGCGUUUUUAUUUUUCAGAUUUCAGAUGAUAGAGGCCCGCGACAUUUUUUUUGGUGAAGCGUGACUUCAGAAAUUUUGUAUCAGACAACCGGAUUCAAGUUCUUUCGAUUGUGUCUA